CGCAUGAUGCCCAGAGUCAUGGUGAAGGACGUGAACCAGCAGGAAUUCAUCCAGGCCCUGGCUGCCUUCCUGAAAAAGUCAGGGAAGCUAAAAGUCCCCGAAUGGGUGGACACGGCCACGCUGGCCAAACAUAAGAAGCCGGCACCCUACAACGAGAACUGGUUCUACACCUGGGCCGCCUCCACAGCCUAUCACCUGUACCUCCGGGGUGGUGCUGGCUUGGGCUCCAUGACCAAGAUCUACGGCGGGCACCAGUGCAAUGGGGUUACGCCCAGUCACUUCAGCAGAGGCUCCAAAAGUGUGGCCCGGAGGGUCUUGCAAGCCCUGGACAGCCUUAAGAUGGUGGAGAAGGACCAGGAUGGGGGCCAGAAGCUGACACCUCAGGGACAAAGAGACUUGGACAGAAUUCACAGACAGGUGGCAGCCGCCACAAGAAACAUUAGGAUAAACCACACCAGAUUCAUUAAUAAAUUGUCUUGUUCAUAA